AUGUCCAGCAAGGGCUCCAUCAAGGGCGCUGGCUCGGCCAACGAGAGAUCCAGACUUCUACCCAAUCCAAAUCCUACAGUGCGGUAUGACACAGAGCGUCCGCUCGAAUCCCCAGAUUCAUUAGCGCCUCCAAACCUCGACGAAAUCUUACAUCGUAAACGGCCAUGGUAUCGUUCACUCUUCUCCUUCAACACUGGUCGCAGGGGCCAGCUCGUGCUGACAUGUACGAGCAUUGGUCUGAGCUCACUUCAAGCAAAUGGAGUGUAUUGUUGGCCAACAUAUGGACCCGUCGUCGUGAGACAAAUGGAAUUGACUGGACCUCAAGCGCAAACCAUUGCCGUGGGUGGAAUCCUGGGAGUCUACAUCAUGGCUGCUCCCCUAGGAUCAUUGACAGAUCGCUAUGGACCUAGAUUUGGCUCCCUCCUAUCUGGCGUUCUGGCCGCAGUUGGGUAUCUGGGAUUCGCGUUCAUCCUCAGCGUAGCGGGUCCCGAGACACCAUACGUCAAUGUGUACCUUACCAUUGCGUUUUGUCUCGUCGGUGCCGCGACCGUCGGGUCGUAUUUCGCCUGCUUGACGUGUGCCUCACUCUCCUUCCCUCACUAUCCCACACUCUCCCUCUCCGUCCCCCUCAGCUUGCUUGGUCUGUCCUCCCUCUUCCUCAGUUCAUUCUCCUCCCUUUCAACCUUUCAAUCCCCUGCUCCAAACCCUGAGCUCCUACCUGUACGAUUCUUGACCUUCUUGGGAAUUCUAUGUCCAGCUAUCAACCUGUUCUCAGCGAUCUUCAUGAAAACCAUACCGCCCCUUCCUCCAAAGAUCAAGCUAGUGACGGAUGCACAAAAUGACGAAGACUCGGAUGCUGAGGAAGAAGCAUAUGACGCGCUUGCGGAAGCGACCAUGGCCAUGUCCCAGUCCUUACAUCUCGAUGAAAGAUCCCCUUGGCUUCUCGGAGGUUAUGAAGCUGCCCUCGAGGAGGUCGAGGCGAUGCAAAAGGGUACGGCGAAACAAUGGACAGCGUGGGACCUCGUCAAGGAUUGGGAAGGUUUCUGGGCGCUUGGUGUGAUACUGGCCUUUUGCAUCGGUCCGUGCGAGACAAUUAUCGCAUCGAUCGGGACCAUCCUGACAUCCUUGUUACCACCUGCGCUCGAUGAGCCUGCCCCAUCGACCGUUGCUCUCUUCACCAACACCAUAAUUGUGCUCAAUGCUCCAAACGCGCUGACUCUGCGGAACAAGCACGUGUCCAUUAUCUCCCUUACAUCGACUAUAUCGAGGUUGAUCGCGGGCGCUUUAGCAGAUUAUCUCUGUCCCCCAGUCAAAGCUGUUCCCCGUCGUCCGAGCGACCCAUCGACGCCUCUAUCCGAAGACGGCGGAGAACCCCGACCUACACCCCAGACACACAAGUUUAUUCGCACUCGCCCAGUCAUCAUGUACCGAUCAGUCUUUGCAGGUAUAUGCUCCGUCAUCCUUGCGAUGCUUUUGGCCUGGUGUGCCGGAGUGUUGCAGACCGAGAAGGGAUUGUGGGUGCUCAGUGCGGGUGUGGGGACGGCCUAUGGCUUCUUGUUCACUUUAAGUCCCGCUAUUAUCUCUACACAUUACGGCCCUUCGUCUUUCGGUCUGGCGUGGGGUAUGGUUUCGUACUUUACGGCUCUAGGCUCGGUCCUCUUCUCAUACCUCUACGCUUUGACGUCCUCGGCAGUCGCUCGCCAGAGCUCACACCUCCCCUCGACGCUGACAAAAGCCUCGGAAAAGGCCCUGAUGUGUUACGGCGCGAAAUGUUUCCAGCCGUCCUUGUGGGUAGCAGCUGCGGGCAGUCUUGUCGCCGGCAUGGGUUUCAUCUGGAUCGGCAAGCGAUGGCGCGUGUAG